AUGUCCACCGAAGUGUCGCAGUCACUGGCCGCCGCAAUGGCUAGACCUCAGAUCGGUAUCGACCGACUUCCCGCCCGCCGCGUUUCGAACGAGCCCCGAGAGGCCAUGAACUGCAAGAGUUGUCGAAAGCGAAAGAUCAAGUGCAAUCGCACAAGGCCGACUUGUGAAGCCUGUCAGGUGUUCAACUGUCCGUGUAUAUAUGACGCUGUUCCCAAAAAACGAGGACCAAAGACAGACGUCCUCGAGGCCCUUCUGAAGCGUGUUGACGGCCUGGAAAAGCGCCUGGUUUCCGAAGGAAAGAGCGAUGACCCAACCGAAACCGACCCCACCUCCCAGGACAACAACACUGCCGUCGACACCAAACCAAAAGAUCUCGCAUCGUCGCAAUCUCCACACGAAUCAUCGCCCCGUCGCUCAAGUGCCACCAACCAUGCGAAUCAGUUGAUGUCGCCCAUUGAGCCAAGUAUACAACCGCCUACCCUAGCUCCCGACCUGCUUCUAGACACCUAUUUCGCCAGAAUUCAUGGAAAGCCCUACUAUAUCCUGGACGAGUCGACCACGAGACAGCGACUACAGGCCAAUCAGCUUCCCGGUCACUUAGCCUAUGCUGUUUACGCCGUGAGUGCUAGAUAUGCACCCCACUUCGGAGGAUACAGCUCUGCAGUGCGCAUCGGACAAGAGUAUGCCCGUCGUGCUCGGCUGGAACUUGAGAUAGAUGAGCCCUCUAUCGAAACUUUGCAGACACUGAUGCUGCUUUCGCAAGCAAGCUUUCAGUUAGGCAAGGGCAAGAAGACGUUUAUGUUGCUGAAUUCCGCUAUCAGCAUGGCGUUUGCGCUCGACCUACAUCGCGAACUACCAACCGGCAUGAAAGUCACACCUGCCGAACGUGAAGGGCGACGCCGACUAUUCUGGUCGUGUUACCUCAUGGACCGUUUCGCUGCAACCGGCUCCAAGCGACCUUCGUUGAUUGCGGAUGAAUCAAUUGUGCUACGAUUGCCGAGCUGGCAGCUGCACCCCGGCGCGAUGCUGAUAGACGGUGACUACUUUCCAAACGGAUGCAAUUUGCAGUUCAUGGGCGGCACUGGAAAAGGCGGACAAGGAAGUAUGGGUAUGCUGAUUGGCAUAGCACGCAUCCUGGGUAUAACAAAUCGCUACCUUGCAGCCGGUGGUGUCAAGGGUGAUUCACACUUUCCCUGGCACUCAUUAUCCAACCUAUCCAAAAUCCGCCAAGAACUCGACAUAUGGGCAUCGGAGACGCAAGAUACCUUUACCUCCAUCGAGGCUCUCUUUGGUCAACCCGACAGUACCAUACUUGUUCUCAGCAAGUUGAUUUACCACCUCAUACAUUGUCUCAUCUAUCGGCCUUUUCUCCCUGUAGACUUGGCCGAGCUUUCUGGGACGUCGCAGCACCAACCCUGGCAGAUCGAAGCGACCAACCUAUGCUUCCUUCAUGCAAAUGCCAUUGCCGAACUGGUUGAAAUAGGCAGGGCUUCUUCUAUCAUAGAUUGGCCGGCCUUCGUUGGUUAUUGUAUAUGCACAGCGGGCACGAUACAUGUGCAUGGAGCACACUACCCAGGAAGAGAAGGAGAGGUUUUCUCAGUCAGCGCAGAAUUUCUGUCUCGUGAGAUGCAGCAACUGUCCGAGCUUCGCUUCAUCUGGGCUGGAGCUCAGCAUCAGCGAGACACACUGCAAACUAUUUACGGAUGUCACACAGAGCUUGUCCAAUCAUUGGCAAGCAACCCCAUGCGCUAUGCGCCGGUUUUCCAACUUGAAGACUUCUUCGACAGGUACCCUGGCCAGAUCUUCGAUGGAGCACAUGUUACGUUUUUGGAUAUAGCGGUCGAAUCCAUUCACGAAGGCCUUGCGACCUUCAACAUCGAACAACGCAAUAACAUGUACAUGACUAGCGGCGUCAUUGGGAACGCUCAAGGCUACCAAAAGCAUUCCGCGCCCUCACAACAACCACAAUACUCUAAUGGUCACCCAAACAAGAGACGAAGAGCCACAACUUCAUCUUCCAAACCUGCAGCCCAUUCUCAGACCAUUCCCCCAACACCUACAUCAGCCACUCAUCCGCUUACUGUACAUACUCACAGACCUUCCGAUGCCGGUACUUCGGAAUCAAACCCGAGCCCGGGAGAUACUAGAGCGCAUCCUAAUGAAUCUAGUGUGCCACCCUAUACUCCACCGUUACCGAGCAAUUCUUUGAAUCCACCGAGUGCUAACGGUGGUGGACUUGCUCUUCCUUUCUCGCCAAACUUUUCGUUUUCACCACUGCCGCAAUUUGCGAGUCUGGCGCCAUCACCAGUUCCGCGGACAGCGAAUCUCAACCAAAACCAGGAUAACAGCCAUCCGAUCCACUUCGACCCUAUGCUGAGUAUGCCGACGCCAUACGACCAGCAGCCGACCCCCGGUGCUGGAAGCACAUCAGGCGCGUCAGUGCAUACAGACCCUGACAGCAAGGAUCCUUUCCUCAGCUUGCUCGAGCAACUUGCCGAAAACGAAGUCAGCAGAGGCGGUCCGAGCGAGCUAGACUUCUUCUUGAGUGGACAGAGUACCUGA